AUGACUGUUGUCACAAAUUUCAUUUCAGAGGCACUGGGAUCACAGAGUGAACACACUACAACAAAGAAAGAUCAGCAAAACUUAUAUACCAAAUUCCGACUCUAUACAGAUGAAGGCAACUGCCAGAUUUUUGUUAAUCAGCUGGAGACUCUUGACAAAUGCAGUUUCAAUGCCUCUCUUCCUCUGGUGAUGAUAGUCCAUGGCUGGUCGGUGGAUGGGAUAUUAGAAAGCUGGAUUUGGAAAAUGGCAGCAGCUCUGAAGUCUCAGCAUAACCAAAUGAAUGUGAUCAUUGCAGACUGGCUCACACUGGCUCACCAGCAUUAUCCCAUUGCCGUACAGAACACACGCACCACGGGGCAGGAGAUAGCACAGUUCCUGGAGUGGCUGGAGGAAACUGUUCAGUUUUCCAGAAGCAAUGCUCAUCUAAUUGGGUACAGUCUGGGAGCUCAUGUUUCAGGAUUUGCUGGAAGUUUUAUCAAUGGUACAAAAAAGAUUGGAAGAAUUACAGGCCUUGACCCUGCCGGUCCCUUGUUUGAAGGGAUGUCACCAACAGACCGUUUAUCUCCAGAUGAUGCAAACUUUGUAGAUGCAAUUCAUACCUUCACUAAGCAGCACAUGGGCCUCAGUGUUGGCAUCAAGCAGCCUGUGGCUCAUUUUGACUUUUAUCCCAACGGAGGCACCUUCCAGCCUGGCUGUCAUAUCAUGCAUGUAUACAACCACAUUGCACAAUACGGGAUCGCUGGCAUCACUCAAACUGUAAAAUGUGCCCAUGAGAGGUCAGUUCAUCUGUUCAUCGACUCUCUGCUGCACAAGGACAAGCAAAGCACAGCUUACUGGUGCACCGACAUCAACGCUUUCAACAAAGGACUGUGCCUCAGCUGUAAGAAGAACCGAUGUAACACCCUGGGCUACAACAUCAGGCAGGAAAGGCUGCCCAAAAGCAGACGACUCUUUCUGAAAACAAGAGCACAUAUGCCCUUCAAAGUGUAUCAUUACCAGUUCAAGAUCCACAUCAUCAAUGAAAUCCAAGGCAAGCCAAUGGCCCCAGCUUUCACCAUGUCUCUGGCAGGGACUAAGAAGGAUGCUAAUAACCUGCAUAUCCCACUAGUUGAAAGUAUUACUGGGAAUAAAACCUACUCCUUUCUCAUCACCCUGGACACUGAUAUUGGUGACCUCAUAAUGAUCAAGUUCAAAUGGGAAGGAGCUCCAGUUUGGGCAAAUAUCUGGGACACAUUUCAAACCAUAAUACCAUGGACAAAAGGCACCCGUCGCCCAGGGCUUAUAGUGAAGGAAAUAAGAGUGAAAGCAGGGGAAACACAGCAAAAAUAUACAUUUUGCCCUCAAAGCAUUGACAACAUUCACCUUCAUCCAUCCCAAGAGAAGACAUUUGUGAGUUGUGAAGAUCUCUUCCAGACAUAA